AUGGUGGAUGCAUUACAUGCAUCAUUGGAGAAAGCAGGGGAGCCCCAAGUCCAAGUGGUGGUGUCCGAGAGAGGCUGGCCCUCCGAUGGAAAUAGGGAGGUGACAACACCAGCCACAAAUAUACAAUUCGAACCUAAUAAGCCACGUUUAUCCAAUCAGUUUUCUGUGAACAAAAAUUAA